UGUGUCGGGUUUUUAUGAUAUUGUACUGUAUCUUAUUAUGUUUUUACAAUGGAUUAUGCAUGACAUGGGAAUUUGGUGAUCGUAAUCUAGAGAUUCAUAAGAACAGCGUUAUUAUAGCCGACUUUGAUGGAUGGAUGUGUAUUUUUCAGCGAACGAAGUACAUACCAAUUGAAGUACCACCAUGCUACAGUAUAAUAAACGUGAAAAUAGAAGUCAUAAACAUAAUAUCAACACCAGAAGUAAAUUUCAUAGAGGAAACCAAUACAGUUGUCAUUCACUACGGAAUGUUGCAGAUCAGUUUAUCAAAGUAUUACAUAACUGUUAGAGCUGUGAAACGCAUGAAUUGCAAGCCAAGAAAACUGAAAAACAUAAUCCGAAUUCCUGUAGAAAACAGAGGUGAAGAUACAUGUCAGUCUACAGAGCCUCCCGCCAAAAAAGAUCGCAGCAAGAAAAGAUACAACAAGAAACAUGAUGUAGUAGUGAAGCGUCCAUGGUAUGGCUCCUACCACAAGACACAAUGAUAAAUAAUAUUUUAUUGUACGUUGUAUGAAAUUUUUAUCCCAACUUUGCGAUUUUGCUAAUAAUAAUUAUAUAAGCCUUUAUUCAGACA